ACAAAAAAGACGACCAAGCCAGCCAUGUUAAAAUCAUUUUUCAAGCAUUUGCGUCGACCGACAUCUACUCGACCACCCACCUCGACAAAGGUAGCCACAGGUUGGGCAACUUCUUUAGCGGCCGAUAUGGUCAGCCAUCUGCCGCUAGAGCUGCACAUGAUGCUCCUAGAGUAUCUUGAGCCUGAUGAUGUGACAGCUGGCCUCAACGUCUGUCAUAGCUGGCGCCAUAUCUGGCUCAGCGAUCAGAUAUGGCCCGGACUUGCCAGUCGCUGGUUUCCUGGUCUGUCAGAUCAUAUUCGAACGACAAGCGGUGGGAAAGGCAUGGGUGAACAUUUUCGGCGUCAUCUGCACAAUUAUUGCUGGAGAGUGGCCGGCAGGUUCGCCUCGGCGCUUCAUCACGGCAUGUUGCUUCAAGAUGACCGAUUCUUCGAACUGAGCAAAGGCGUCCCCGCUGUCCAGGGCGGCAUUCAUUCGUACCAGGGCCCGUUGGAUCUGGGACCAGACGAGGGCUUUCCCCGUUUCAUGAUGUACAACCAUGAGCGAAUUGCAUGGUGGCCUGAAGCCUAUGGUCUGCCAUAUUUUGCUGUUGUGGACAAUCUGCGCACCAGAGAACGACGGGCCUAUGUGUUUCCUGACAACCAGGGCGAGAAGCUGGGAUACAAGACGGCCAUGAGCGACAAGCUGCUGCUCAUGGGUCGAGACAGACUUUUGCAUGCAUGGCACUUUGAACAGGACAGGUUGCAGUCUGUCGAGAUACCAGAGACGUUUAAGCGAUGUGUCGUCGAAGGGGACAACGUCUUGCUCGUUUCCAUCUAUGCGAAUAUAUACCUCUGGAGAUUCGGUCAUCCAUUGCGCCACGUCGACAUGCACGACUUCCCGUGUUACAUCCCGGGGCCAGUCAUCAUUGCUGACGUGCCACAAUUCCCGCCCAGCACCAAUCACGUCGGCGCGCACCGCGUUGCUUUACGUCUGGAAGAGAGCGGGUUGCUCCUCGACUUCUUCAUCCACCCGACUGCCCCCGACGUCUUCUUCGUUGUCACCUAUCGCAAGCAACAAAUCAUCUACCACAGUGACGGACAUUUCACGGUACGCGAAGCGCAAUUGGUUGUCCAUGAAUAUGCCCACGACCGAGUGAUAGCAUCUUACAGCCUAGGGAAAAGUGCCGAUUUAGGAAAUCAUGUGUUAUCUGGCAGAACACUCGGGAAUCGUGACCACUUGCGCUGGGAGAAGUGCGACUCCUUUGGUGGAUACUCGUUGCUUGCAGCCUACGGGACUUGCCGAAGCUGGCCAGUUGGGGAUCCGCUCGACUCCGACGGGUCUUUGGACAGGACCGAGUUCUCCGAAACCGACACGAUGCCCCCCACGGCCCACUUGUCUGUCUGUUUCAACAUCUACACCAAGUCCUUCAACAUUCUCUGUCACCAUCGGCAGGACAAUAUCGGAGCAAUCGCAGCAUACCAUGUGUGGAACGGUCGGUUGGCCACGAGCUACGUGAACGGGGUUUCCAGGACCAUCGUUUCGGUGAACGAUUGUGUAGAUAGUCGGCAUCAUCCCACGCCUGAUCGCAUACCUCCGCGUUACACAACUACAACGAGGCAUGGUGAUCAUCAUAUCAUAACUCGACGCCAUCGGAAUAUCGACCGUGAACUCACAUCCACGACCUGUAGCCUGCAGACAAGGAAACUACUGAGCACUGUAGACUUCGAGUUGGACGCCAGCCGAAGAUACGCAAGCCAAAGGCAGAGUAUCUCACCACAGCCACAUGGAGUUCAGAGGCUGCUGGGUGAUGAUGACUUUUUGGUUUAUGUCGAUGAUCAGGCUUACACGGUUUGGAGCUUUUCCAACAAGAUGACAACGCAGUUGCGACGGCGAUAAUGCCAAACCACUGUAUCUCUUGUUUCUUGCUUUCAUCUUGGUCCUAACAUUCAACAACAUCAAUGUGGUGGCGUAUGGUAUGUCCAUGUGUUGGAACCUGUGCCUGACAGCGAGCGGACUAUACAGUUUUCUGGUUUAAUGAAACUUCGGCAUCUAAUUCCACGCAUGAUUUCGCAACGGAACCCCGUGACACAAACCCCUUAAUAUGCUCUACUUGGAUGAUAUACGCA